AUGUAUGAAAAAAGAAAGACUCGUGAACAGGAAGAAUUGGAGGAAGCUUUAGAGGUAGAACGGCAGGAAAAUGAACAAAGAAGACUAUUUAUACAAAAAGAAGAACAACUGCAGCAGAUUCUAAAAAGGAAAAAUAAGCAGGCUUUUUUAGAUGAACUGGAGAGUUCUGAUCUCCCUGUUGCUCUGCUUUUGGCUCAGCAUAAAGAUAGAUCCACCCAAUUGGAAAUGCAACUUGAGAAACCUAAACCUAUAAAACCAGUGACGUUUUCUACAGGCAUCAAAAUGGGUCAACAUAUUUCAUUGGCACCUGUUCAUAAGCUUGAAGAAGCUCUCUAUGAAUACCAACCACUGCAAAUAGAGACAUGUGGACCAAAUGUUCCUGAGCUUGAGAUGCUGGGAAGACUUGGGUAUUUAAGCCACGUCAGAGCUGCUUCUCCACAGGACCUUGCUGGAGGCUAUACUUCUUCUCUUGCUUGUCACAGAGCGCUACAGGAUGCAUUCAGUGGGCUUUUCUGGCACCCCAGUUAACCUUUAUUUCUCCAUUUGUAAGAUUUGGACCAUGGAGUCGAACCAGGGGGCUAGAAAAAGCUGACUUUGUAAAAUUAUAGCCAUAUGCAGCUGCAUAACAGGACUAUCACUAGCAGCUGUGUUAAAGUAUUUAUAAAGAGAAAAUUUCAGAACUAAGCUGAGAAAUAUAGGAAAUACUUAUCUGUGAAAAGAUUUAUUUUUUACUUAUGUAUUUUUUUUUCUGACAGGAUUGAGGCAUUGCUUCUCAUCUGAUGAGAGGAAUAAGUAAUUCACCUAUGUAUGUUUAAGGUUGACAGACUUGUAAAAUCUUUUUAAAAAUAAAGCUAGACUUUAUAGUA